AUGAAGACAAGUCCGACGACACGUUGUUUUGGCCUAUCAGAGCUCUUCGCAACUUGGGUAACAACAAUUUCUGCGGUGCACUCACCAGUCACCACCGAGUACAAAACCAACUGUCUCAACGCCGCUUACCGUAGCAUCUCUAAAGAGUCGAAGCUGGUGGUGGAAGAGCUUGUUCUCUCAAGGACCAUCUACAAUAUCAAUUAUCGACUCUCCGACUCCAGGAUCUACCACGAGAAGGUCAUAGAAAUGGACACAGCUCUCGCAGUUAACGACAGUCCAAACAGAGACACCACUAUCAGCCUCAACUUUGUGGUAAACGACUCUAGGACCCGUAGUUGGAAUAACAGCGUUUCUUUAACUUCAGAUGUAAAAACAACUCUGGAAGUCGGCACUGUUCCACGAAUUCUAGACGGUAAGAUCGAACUCUCAGCUGAGAGGUCGACUACCACAGCUAACCAGUGGGGACAAACUACCACAAUUGAACAUACCAGGGCGGCCAAUUAUGCAGUUGUCGUGCCCCCUGUAUCUAAGAUGAAGGUGAGUCUCAUAGCUUCAAGGGCUACCUGCGAUGUGCCUUUCUCCUACACUCAGCGUGACAUUCUCACUGACGGCCGAACCGUUACAAAAACCAUGGAUGAUGGUCUUUUCACUGGGAUUAAUGCCUUCAAAUUUGACUACCAGAAUCAGGCAUGCUAUGGUGGCCAGGCUCUCUCUGUCUCUAGUCCAUGGUGGCUCCCGCAUGCAGUGUUUGCUCUUAUCUAUUAA